GCCUCGACAGAAGAGCCUUCUUACAAACAAAAUGCUUCACUUGGAGGUGAAGAGAAGGCGUUUUCGUUAAAGGACAAACAAUAACCAGGCUGAUGACAUUGCUGCUGGGCUCAGUGUGGCUGCUGUUGGCCUCCUCUUUGGUGUUUACCACUGACUCUGUUGGAGCCUGUUUAACUCAGGAGUUUACCUGCUCUCAGGGGAUAUGUGUGCCCGAGGACCGUGUGUGUGACUUCAAUGACAACUGUGGAGAUGGCAGCGACGAGAAAGACUGCUCCAGAUAUAAGAGGUGCGACUUUGAGGAGGGACUCUGUGACUUGACCCAGAGUUCUGAGACGCUCCCCGGAUGGAUCAGAACAACUGAGGUCCCGGGACUCAAACAUGACCACAACAACAACACAUCAGCACAUUUCCUCUCCCUGUUACCUGUCAGAGGAAACACACCCACAGCAGACCUGAACAGUCCGAUCUUUCAGCCCAGUCAGACCUGUCAGAUGAGUUUCUACUAUUAUGUUGGGGCUAAACAUGGAAAGCUUCAGGUCUUGAUUCAGACUGUGGAUCAGAGCACAGAGGUGUGGAGAAACUCCACACAACCACAGGAACAUGAAACAUGGCUGCAGACGGUGAUUACGUUUUCCAGCAAUCACAGUUUUCAGGUGCUGAUUCGAGGUCAGCUUUCAGCAGACAGCGAAGCCUCUGGGGUCUUGGCCAUCGAUGACCUAUCCUUCAGUCCCGGCUGUGUGACUCUGCCUGAGAGCAGUGUAUCACCUCCUCCUAUUUGCCCUCCCUCGUUAUUCGCCUGUGGCACUGGGGAGUGUAUCGAGGAGGACAAAGUGUGUGACUUCACCCCAAAUUGUCCCCACGGAGAGGACGAAGCCAACUGCCCCUCUGAGUGUGACUUUGCGGAUGGUUCUUGUGGCUGGUAUGAGCUCACCCUUGGCGAUGGCUUUGACUGGGUCAGGGGCUCUUCUGCGGAGGUACCUCCAGAAUACUAUGGCAACCCACCACCUUUGGACCACACUACAAAUAGCACCCAAGGUCACUUCAUGUUUAUACACAAGAACAGCAGCAGUCUUCAUCCGAGAGCUGUUCUCCGAGGACCGUGGUUCAGACAAUCAGCCUCCGGAUGCACCAUGACCUUCUGGCAUUAUAACUCAGGCAUAUCUGUGGGGGCUGCAGACAUGUACCUUCGAAUCAAUGGAAGCAACACUGUCAUAUGGAGCACUCUGUAUGAUCAGGGAACCCGCUGGAAUCAGGUCACCGUACAGCUGGGACGCAUCACCCAACCCUUCCAGAUCUCUCUGGCUAAGAUCAGCCUCGGCGUGUUUGACGGUGUGUCCGCCUUGGACGAUGUCACCUUCAAGAACUGUUCGUUGCCCCCGGCAGUGACGGAGUGUCCGUCGCACACACAUUUCCACUGCGUGCACACCAAAGCUUGUGUGGAGCUCUUGCAGCUGUGUGAUCUUGUGGAUGACUGUGGGGAUGGAUCCGAUGAGGAGGGAUGUUCUCCAGAGCUGCAGUGUAACUUCGAACAAGGGUUGUGUAGCUGGAAACAAGAACAGAGUGGAGGAGAUGUGUUUGACUGGUCCCGCAACCGAGGCCCCACGCCGUCCUUUAACACGGGACCCUGGAAGGACCACACACUAGGCACCAGAUAUGGGUACUACCUCUACAUGGAGUCCUCUGCUCCCCAGGAGUUCAAGGACACGGCCGUGUUGCUGAGCAGAGUCUUCCAACCCACCCACCAGUACAGCAAAGACCCGUCCAGGUCCCGCCAUCACUGUGUGUUUCGUUUCCACUACCACAUGUUCGGAUCACACGUGUUCUGCCUGGCGGUGUACCUCAGGACCAACACGACAGGCCGCAGGCAGAUGCUGUGGGCACGAUAUGGAAACCAAGGAGACCUAUGGCACAAGAAGACUCUCUACCUGACCAGCGUUCGACCUUUCCAGAUUUUGAUUGAGGGUACCGUUGGAGAUGAUAUGAAUGGAGACAUUGCCAUUGAUGACCUUUCCUUCCUGAACUGCACCCCAUAUGAAGGAGAGCUCCCCAAACCUAACAUCACAAUCCCAGUGACCACACCCGCCCCCACUGGUCAGCCCCACAGCUGCCCUGAUGGACAGUUUGUUUGUGGGACAUAUGGGGAGUGUGUUUCCAACAGCAAAGUGUGUGACUUCAGAAAAGACUGUUCGGACAGUUCUGAUGAAUUAAACUGUGUGAAGGAACGGUGUGAUUUCGAAGGCGGGGACACUUGUGGUUGGAAGAGUGUCGACUCUUCUUUAGUACCGAUCCACGCGUUUCACUGGUUGCCUGACCAAGGGCAGGGCAUUCACGAUGGAGAGCAGUACCACCGUCCUAUUAACGACCACACCCUAGGCAGUCCGGAGGGUUGGUACAUGUAUGCAGACAGCUCAAACGGCGGCUACGGUCAAACCACUGACCUCCAGACACCUCACAUCUCCUCCACUGGGCCACAGUGCACACUUGUCUUCUGGUACUACAUGAGCGGCUUCACAGUGGGAUCACUGCAAGUGCUGUUGAAACAUGGAAACAUCUCUCAUGAGGUUUGGUCUCAGACCGGUAACCAAGGCAACAAAUGGAAACGAGGAGAAGUGUUUUUGGGGUUGUUAAACAACUUUCAGGUUGUCUUCAGGGCAAAGCGAGGGAUCAGCUACAUGGGUGAUGUGGUGAUAGAUGAUGUUAACUUCCUGCACUGCUCCCCUCCUCUUCCUUCGGACCAGCCGUGCACACCUGAACAGUACGCCUGUGCUAACGGCCACUGCAUCCCUCAGGACAACCUAUGCGACUUCAUCAACCACUGCGGGGACAACUCUGACGAGGACCCCUACAUCUGCAAGGGAUUUAGCGGGCGCUGCAAUUUUGAGUUUGACCUCUGUUCCUGGCGUCAGAGCCGAGAGGAUGACUUCGAUUGGCUGAUCAAAGCGGGCAGCACUCCAACGAUUGGCACCGGGCCAUCGAGUGACCACACCCUGAGGGACCCCUCGGGACACUACCUCUACCUGGAGAGCUCCUUCCCCCAGGCAGCCGGAGACGCUGCCCGCAUAUCAGGACCUGUACUGAGCCGCCGGAGCUCACAGUGCAAGAUGCGUUUCUAUCUCCACAUGUCGGGAGACGGCAUCGGCACCCUCAGCGUGUUCAAGAAAAGCCAAGGACGUCUUCACCUCCUUCUGAAGGUAACAGGAGAUCAGGGCAACUACUGGCAGAUGCGGGAGAUCCUGCUGAGCGACACCGGGGACUUUCAGGUCGUGUUCGAGGGUAAGGUGGGCCGAAGUCCAAAGGGUGACAUCAGCCUGGAUGACAUCACUUUCUCUCCAGGGUGUCUGCUCGCCUCCUCAGCUGAAGAAGAGGACAACACUCCUCCACCUCCUGCAGGCUCCUGUCCUUUGGGCUUCCUGCCAUGUGAAAAUGGCCGGUGUUUCACUCCGGGACAGAACUGUGACUUCACAGACGACUGUGGCGAUGGCACAGAUGAAAAGGAUUGUGGGACUUCCUGCUCCUUUGAGAACGGUCGCUGUGGCUGGAAGAGCUCCCUCGCUGAUAAUUUUGAUUGGACGUUAGGGACCGGAUCUGUCAAAAGAAUACGACCUCCGUAUGAUCACACGAUGAUGGAUGAAACUGGUCAUUUUGUCUAUCUCGAAGCGACGCCAGUGGGACUCAAAGGUGAUAAAGCUCAUAUAAGGAGCUCUGUUUGGAAAGAGUCGAGCGCCAUCUGCAAGCUCUCGUUCUGGUACUACAUUUCCCACAAGGCCUCAGGAACAAUCCGCCUGCUGAUCAAGACAGAGAACGAUUUGAGGGAGGUAUGGAACAAAACGGGACAUCAAGGGAAUAAUUGGAACCGUGCCGAGAUCCCACUGAGGAAGCUGAGGAACUUUAAGGUGAUAUUUGAGGGGAUUCGCUCGAGGGACGUUAGUGGAGGAGCUUCCCUGGACGACCUGGAGUUCAUAGACUGUGCUCCAAAUGUUGUAAAGCCGGUGAGUUGUCCUGAAGUCACAGACUUUGUGUGUCGCAGCGGCCACUGCAUCGAGUCCCACCUGGUGUGCGACAACAAGGCCGACUGUGCUGAUGAAUCGGAUGAGAUAGACUGUGAGCACAUCGUUGGCCUGCCAGGCGCUUGUAACUUCAACAUGGGUGAAGGGCAGUGGGAAGAGACCUGCCAGCUUUCUCAGGACGCCGACGAUGACUUCGAUUGGAGGAUUGGUCAUCGUACUGAGACACCAGGAGCCGGACCUGAAACUGACCACAGUCCUGGUAGUGGAGGGAACUUCCUCUACGUGCACUCAGCCACUCAGAGGGAGGGCGAUGUUGCUAAGGUGACAACAAGGAGUUUAUUUCCAGCCAGUAUCGGCAUUUGUCACCUGCGGUUCUGGUUCUACAUGCACGGCUCUGACAGGAUGGGAACACUGAAGGUCUACACUGUUGGACCCAGUGGCACCAGUUUGCUGAUGUGGGCAGCCACUGGAAACCAUGGUAAACAGUGGACAUACGCUAAUGUCAUCCUGUCCAACACAGCACCUUUCAGAGUUACCUUCCAGGCAGAGGUGGGUGGAGACGUAUGGACGGACAUCGCCUUGGAUGACAUCUCCUACACUGCAGAGUGUGUGGUAGGAGGACCAGUAAAGCCUGAGCCUCUGACCUGUGGUGUGGACCAGUACCAGUGUUCGUACUCCUUUCAGUGCAUCCCAGAGAGCUGGAGGUGUGACGGAGAGCAGGACUGUGCCGACCAGUCCGAUGAAGAGUUUUGUCCCACUCUGGUGCCCGGUACUGUUCCUCCUCAGGACCGCUGUCCUGAUGGACGUUACCAGUGUUCGACUGGUGCCUGCCUCCCCUCCAUACUGCGAUGUGAUGGUGUCCCAGACUGCCCCGAUGGAGAGGACGAGUACAGCUGCCCUCUGCUGCAGUGUGAGCUGGGAGAACUGGUGUGUGAAGGUUCGCUUGGUUGUAUCCCACUUCAGAGACGUUGUGACCGCUCUGUCGACUGUCUGCCUUUUCACUCUGAUGAGUCCAGCUGCCAUGAAUGUCCUUCGCUGUAUUGCCUGGAUCGUGGCUCAUGCCAUGUGGCGAGACACGGGCCUGUCUGCAUUUGUGAUCCAGGAUGGACGGGCAACCGCUGCCAUGUGAGGGAGAAACCGGCUCUGUCCACCUCGUCACCCACACCAGAGGACACACAGAUGGAUGCCGUGUAUGUUGGUAUCGGGAUCGGACUGCUGCUGCUCGUAGCCGGUAUCGCUGUCUGUGUUCUGGUUUUAUGCAAGAAUAAAUGCUACUUAAUAAAGCCCAACCCGAUGAACUACGGGGUGAUGGAUAACCCAGCCGUUGACUGGAGACCAGAGCUCCCGUCCACGUGUGAAAGGCCUGGCUGUUGUCCCAGAGUUAACCCCAAGACGAGUGACAGUCAGGGGCUUUCCAUCAGUGUCUACCCCUGGAGGAGGGAGGUGGAGCAGGGUUCGACCUGGAAUAAUGCCAAGCUGUCCUUUGCUAACCCGCUGUACAAUUACCCCCCUGAUGCCAACAGCGCCGACUGCAGAAGCUCUGAAGCAUAAAAACAAUUAGCUUUAUGUAUUGACAGUGCGGUAAAUCUGGGUCAAACAGUGUGUGCACACACAUGAUGAGUUUGUCUUGACCCGCUUAGUGGACAAUGUAAAGAACGGAAGAAAGUUCAGAAAGUAUUCGAAUGUCAACUUUGAGACAAUGCCGACGACAAAAUUAUGAUUUAAUCACAUUAAUGAUGAGAAACCACACCAGACAUCUGGUACUCGGUAUGAAAAUAAAAGCUGAAAGGACUGCACGCAAACAAACAAAAAAAGUG